GUCUUUCGGCUUACCCGAGAGGGUCGAGACGAGUCAUACGAGAGCUACAGGACUCGGGUGAGAGAACGGAUUGCUGGAACCUGUGAAUGGUUUCUCUCACACCCCUCGUACAACAGCUGGUUGGACCAGCCCAAUGAUUCAUUGAUCCUUUCGGCUGAUGCUGGCUGUGGAAAGUCAAUCUUGGCAAAACACUUGGUCGACAGCAAGCUGGAUGGUAGACACCCUGAUGCUAUCAUCUGUUAUUUCUUUUUCGAUCAGCAGAGCCAGAAUACCGCACGGCAAGCCCUCUGUGCCCUGAUUCAUCAGCUGGCCUCGCGAAAGUUUGAUCUAAUCAAGCACACCAUGUCAGAUUACAAGGCGAGCAAGGAAAAACUGGUCAAUAUAGACAGUGUUUUAUGGGGGAUCCUUUCGAGGAUGGUGAUGGAUACCAGUAUCGGUCAGGUCAUCCUUAUUCUCGAUGCAUUGGACGAAUGUGAUCAGUAUGAAUCGACGCGUUUUAUCAAUCAACUUCGAGAGUUGUACUUGGCGUGGGAGAACAAGGUGGUCAAGAAGGUCACGUUCCUUGCGACAACGAGGCCAAGCAGCGGCACCAUAUCAGAGCUUCAGAGUCUGAUCACAACUUACCCUCAGUGCCAUAUAUCUGCGGCGAAUUGCUUCGGGGCGAUUGCGAGAGAGGUGGACAUAGUGAUCGAGGCCCGUGCGACGGAACUGGAGGAGAAAGGUCGUUUGGAUGAGGAUACUAAAUUCCAUUUAGUGAGACGCCUACAGGAAUCGUCCCAACGUACCUAUCUCUGGGUCCACUCGAUCUUCGAAUGGAUUGCCGCCACUGACGUUGAGAAUGGUGAACGAGCGAUUGACCAGAUCAUUGAUGAGCCUCCGAAGACCGUCUACGAUAUAUACACGAAAAUGGUCAGGACUUCCAAAAGACCGGCCCUGGCAAGGAAAGCCUUCUCUAUCAUUCUAGCGGCUUACCGACCGCUCACAUUACAAGAAAUGCAUAUUGCGAUGCACCUCGACUCCGUCUCGUCGGAACCGCCCGAACCGUAUCGCAACCUCGAGCUACUUUUGCCGAACUGGUGCGGCUUACUGGUGACGGUCAUCGAGAACCGAGUCUAUCUAUUGCAUGAAACUGCUCGUGAGUUUCUUGUGAACGAGGGAUUCUCCGCGGACGGUCAAAUCCAAAGCGGGCCGUUGAGUGAAGUCGAAACCCAUCAAGUUCUCGCAUGGAGUUGUUUGAGUUACAUUGAGGUGGCUCUUGAACCACCCCAUCUUCAAUCCAGGAACCGGUCGGGGAACAAGUCGUCCGAGAGCACAUCGAGAGCAUUGAACGAAGAGUUCUUGGAUUACGUCGGUGAGAAUCUGUUUCAUCACAUCCAAAAAGCUCAGCUAGAGGAGGAUAAGGCUCUCGCGGUGAGGAUCAAGAGGUUCUGUGAUAUACAGGACAGACACUGCCAAGUCUGGACAGAGGCAAAGCCACUUCAGGUCCGAGGGUUGCGCGUCGACUCUUACAAUAUGAGUACUUUGUGGAUCGCAUCGUAUGCCGGCAUGACAGCUGUGGUUGAGCAAUUAUUGGAAGAGGGGGACAACAUCUGUGACACACGGAAUCGAGACGGUCAAAAUACACUGCUGGUCGCCGCGCUUCAGGGCUAUGAUCGUAUUCUGGCCUUGCUCCUGACUGCAGACCAAGUGAGAAAAGAUCUUCGGGAUGCAUGGCGCACGGGUCCAUUGCAAGCCGCAGUGCAGUCACGUAAUCCAGCGGCAGUCAAAGUGCUGCUGGAGUCGGGAGCAGUAGACGUCGAUACAUGGGACCCGAGUGGCCGGACCCCUUUCGAUUGUGUGGCAGCCGAUGGUGACCCGGACAUGAUUCGCGUCUUCCUUGACUUUGGGUCAGACGAGGCUUGUAACGUCAGGGACUUCUUGUGA